CAAGUGCGGCCCCGGCCUCCGCCGCACAUAGCGGGCCUCACCUGGGGCCGGGGCUACCGGAGGAAGCAUGCUGACCCGAAGACCAGGGGAGCAUCCCUGUCCGCCCCGCCGCCCCUUGACUCGCCGUCCCUGACGGCCCGCCCGCCGGUGGGUGGGCACUUCCCUCCGCUCCCCGCGACGCUUUGCAGACGCUCCCCUGCGCCGGGCAUGGGCGCCGCCGCAGCGGUCGGUUCCCGGGUCGGAUUCCGCUCGCGGGUGGUGCUUCUGAGGUGCUCAGCUGCUGGGGUCCGCGGGAGGCCGCGCCAUGAGUGACCGAAACAGCCGGAGGAGGACACUGAAGAAGGACGAUGAAGCCUUCGAGAUUUCUAUUCCCUUCGAGGAGACGCCCCACCUAGACCCACAGCUUUUUUACAGCCUGAGUCCCUCUCGGGGAAACUUCGACGAGCCUCCGGAGGCUGCCUCCCCAACCGUGGCCCUGAUGAAUGGCGUCAGGGCCCAGCUGCACAUGGCCCUGGAGAGGAACUCCUGGCUGCAGAAGCGCAUCGAGGACCUGGAGGAGGAGAGGGACUUCUUGCGGUGUCAGCUAGACAAGUUCAUCUCUUCUGCGCGCAUGGAUGCUGAGGACCACUGCCGGGUGAAGCCCGGGCCCCGGCGAGCUGAGGGCGACAGCCGGGGUGGGGCUGCAGGCGAGGCCUCGGACCCCGAGUCGGCUGCCUCCUCGCUCAGCGGGGUGUCUGAAGAAGGCAGUAACUUGGAGAGGAAGAGGCAGAAGCAGAAGGGAGGCGCUGGCCGCAGGCGCUUCGGGAAGCCCAAGGCCCGGGAGAGGCAGCGGGUGAAGGACGCAGACGGUGUCCUCUGCCGCUACAAGAAAAUCCUGGGCACCUUCCAAAAGCUGAAGAGCAUGUCGAGGGCCUUCGAGCACCACCGCGUGGACCGCAACACGGUGGCGCUGACCACGCCCAUAGCGGAGCUGCUCAUCGUCGCCCCGGAGAAGCUGGCGGAGGUGGGCGAGUUUGACCCCUCCAAGGAGCGUCUGCUCGAGUACUCCCGCCGCUGUUUCCUGGCCCUGGACGACGAGACCCUCAAGAAGGUGCAGGCCCUCAAGAAGAGCAAGCUGCUGCUUCCCAUCACCUACCGCUUCAAGCGGUGAUCCUGCCCUACCUGGCCCGGAACAGGCCCUCUGGCCCCCUGCUCCACUCCCCUCCCUUCCUCUGCCCCGCCUGGCAGGCGGCGAGCGUGUGCACGAGUGGGGUGCUCCUCGCCAGGGCCUGGGGGUGGGCGGCGUGCUUCUGGGCGUGCCUCUCUUCUCCCCAUCCUGCAGACGCCCGCUCCCGCCCCAAGGUGCCGUGUAUAUACAAUAGUUCUGCCCUCCUUCCUUCCCACUUUCCCAGCACUUUCCCCAUUCCCACGGUUGGGAGGGUCUCACUUAACCAGGCUCCCAGGGGCCUGGUAAACACUGGCGCCCCUCCUGCCCUCACUGGGCCUUUCCUCCUGGGAAAAGAGCGGGACUCUGCGUGGCGGGGGCGCUGUACAUACCCGGUCUCUGCCCCCGGUCCCGAGGACCCGCAUUCUGGACCUCCCCCAAGUCCAUGUGAGACAGAGAAUUAAUUAUUCAGAGAAUUUAAAUUAAAAAUGAUAAAAUUUGGAAUAAA